AUGUCCUCCCUGUCACCCUGGGCGAAUCGCGGGAUCGACAGCGACCCAUCAAGCUUACCACUCCUUGUCGGCAGCGGGGGCCCUCGCGAACCCGGGACGAGAGGUUCGGCGGAUGUCAAGCGUGUAACAACUGCUUCCGUAUCGUUCCAGCAAGAUUGGGAAGAGGCGGGCUUGCCGCCUGUCGGGUCUACUCCUCGACGACGGUCCGAUCGUGACACCAGCAGGAUGCUGCACACGUUCUUUCUAUCCUUUUUUGUUGACAGCGUCGUAUCGAAUUCCCCCCUCUCUUCGUCCUUACACAAUGGUACUCCUGGCAAUGGAGGGGAUGAUGGGGGAGGAAGGCCGAUAAGCGAAUGGUCGUCCACGAUCGGAAUCGUUACCGCGAUUGUUGGAAACGUGCUCAUAUCGUUUGCGCUGAAUAUCCAGCGUUACGCUCAUAUUCGAAUUGCACGUGAAUUGGAGCGGAAACGGAUUCAAGAUGGCUGGAAACAGAGGAGCUCUGCGGUCGGGGGCCCAUCGGGCGGCACCUACGGGACCGUUUCUGGAAUCAAUGAAGAUACCAGGCAACAAUUGGGUAUAGAUACGCAAGCGGAAGGUCAGAACAAUACAUCUCGGGCGAGUUGUGGCCAGGAAGGAGUGCUUCAGACGCCUGGUGUUCGUCCUGGCGCCGACGGGCCAGCACACAGGGACCACUCUAUAGAGGUCGAUGAUACUAGCGACGACGGAGCUGACCGCUUGAAACAGUCGUUUCUUUCGGAGCGGACAGUGACUUCAUUGGAAAAGACGUCCCGCAGAGAGCGAAAGUCCUACCUCAGAUCACCCUAUUGGUGGACAGGUAUCAUACUCAUGACAAUAGGAGAGGCCGGAAACUUUCUGGCUUAUGGUUUUGCACCUGCAUCCAUUGUCUCUCCUCUUGGUGUCGUCGCUCUUAUAUCGAACUGUGUUAUUGCUCCAAUUAUGCUGAAGGAGAAGUUUCGUCAGCGAGACUUCUGGGGCGUGCUUGUUGCCGUGGGUGGAGCGGUAACCGUUGUAUUGAGUGCCAAUACUUCCGAAGGAAAGAUAGGUCCUGGUGACAUUAUGGGGAUGAUCACACGAUGGGAAUUCGAACUCUAUCUCGGCCUGACCGUUGGCAUGAUUCUUUUUCUGAUGUGGAUGAGCAAAAAGCAUGGACGGAAGACGAUUUUAGUUGAUGUAGGGUUGGUGGGGCUAUUUGGUGGUUAUACGGCCCUGUCCACCAAAGGUGUCUCAUCGUUGCUUUCCUAUACGCUAUGGCACGUUAUUACCUUUCCCAUCACUUAUGCACUUGUUGCAAUCCUCAUAUUUAGCGCGAUGAUGCAAAUCCGUUACAUCAAUCGAGCACUACAGCGAUUUGAUUCGACUCAGGUUAUCCCUACUCAAUUCGUUCUAUUUACGAUAUCGGUGAUCGUUGGUAGCGCCAUCCUAUAUCGUGACUUUGAGAGUGCUACCUUAAAGCAGGGCCUGCAAUUUAUUGGAGGCUGUGCACUGACUUUCCUUGGUGUCUAUCUGAUCACGAGCGGCAGAUCUCGAAGUGAGGAGGAUCGAGAGUCAGAUCAAGAUGAGGAGGAAGCUAUUGGUCUAUUACAUGGCACACGAUAUCGAGACUCGGUCGAUUGGCAGCACCGAGGUGCUUCUGAAAUCAGUGGGGAAACCGACCCAGCCGGACCUGUAGAACAGGACAGGCAGUCCCGCCGCGGGUCUCUUCUAAGUGAGCAUGACGUCCGGGAUGAAGAUGAAGAAACACUUCGCACUCCGCGUGCACCGCUAUCUAGUUCUCCUGACUCUCUACGGCCUUCCAUUUCUGAUACGUCUAUAUUGGAGCCAUCAGAGGCUAGUCCCGAAUUACACAUCACAAACCCAUGGAUUCAACGUCGAGAAGAUCCAAAUCGACCUCCGGCAUCAGAAGCGCAUCCCGGUACACCGCCGCCGCGUUCUAGUGUCAUUCUUCAAUUUCCCACCGCCCCAGGGGUGAUCGACUCCCCUCGACAGGCUCAAUUAAUGCAAACUCCGAAACCUCACACAAGCCGCGCCCAUUCGCGUCGACAUACAAUCUCGAGACCUCCUACUCCUUCGUCACGAUCUCGCCUUUCUUUACGAUUCUCUCCAGGACCACUUCUCCCGCCGCUCUCAAGCGGAUUGAGUGCUGUCGUGGCGGAAUCUUUGCGGCGCGGCGAGGGUUCACCCGAAAAACGUCGCCGAAGAAAACCAAUCAAAACAACUCUAGAUGGAAGAAAUCCCGGGUCGGGAGAACAUGCAGAACAAAAUGUGGACUAUGAAACCGACACGAGCCUUUUUGGUGAGGUCGACAUUGACCAACGCCCCCGAGGUGGUGCAUCCAGCCGCGCGCGCAGUUUAGGACCACCCCUGUCUUUUAGACCACCACUCACACCGAACGAUCAGGAGCAUGCUGUGUCCCCAGCCAAUGGGGGGACCCCAUCCCGCCGCAAUCGUGAAAGGAAGGACUCUUGGACGGAAAACUUUGCACGCUUUGGCGCCAGUCUACGCCAAAGCGGUCGACGAUGGGGACUUAUAUUCAAGGACCAUGAUGAUGAUGAUGGUGGUGGUCUCAAUCCUCAAUCCUCCCUCGAGUGA